AUGCCUGAACCCCAAGCAGCACCUGUGAAACCCGUAGAUGCGCAGAAACCCGAAGCAGCUGUACUACGAAGACGAGGUAUUGGGAAUACAUUGCCGGUUGGUUGGAAGCCCCUUUUACCGCCCAAUGAAGCGCUCCAGCAACUAUAUGCGAGACGGAAGGAGCUAGAUGAGGCACGAAGUAAACUAUUUGCGCAGCUAAAAGAAGUGAUAGCAAAAUCGUCGGAUCGAGCCCAAAGCCAACAUGCCGCCCUUUACAACCAGUUAAUUCAGUCGCAGACACGAAACAAGAUGCACCAGCUUAUGCAGUAA